AUGGUGCCGCGAAUCUUGGCUAAUCGAAACAUUGCCAUCAACGGUGACUCGCCUAUGAAAGCCAUCGCAACUUUCCUAUCAUCCGCUAUCGUCACUAAGCUUGGAUACUACCAACCGUUCUUGAUUGUAGGCAGUAUCCUGGCCAUAAUUGGUGGUGGUUUAAUUUACACCAUGGAUCUGACGACUGAUCUGGGUCGUAUGAUUGGAUACCAGAUUCUCUACGGCGCAGGAAUCGGCAUUGCAGUCCAGAUCCCUAUCGUUGUCGCUGGGCCAUUGAGCUCGACAGAGGAUCAACCGAUCACUAUAGCGACU